AUGGAUUUGGACAAAAUGGAUAAAAGGUGUUGUUUGGUCGUUAAGGUGGAUUACAAGAAAGCGUAUGAUGGCGUAAACUGGGAUUACCUUAGAACUUUGUUGUCUAUAAUGGGUUUCGGAAAUCUUUGGUGCAAGUGGAUGGAAGCUUGUAUCUUUAACAACUCAAUGUCUAUUUUGGUUAAUGGCAGUAUUACGAAAGACUUUUCGGUGGAAAGAGGAUUAAGGCAUGGCGAUCCUCUUUCCCCUUUUUUGUUUGUUAUGGCGAUGCAAGGAUUAACAACCCUCAUGAACAAAGCGGUAUCUCAAGGAGAUUUUCAAGGUUUUCGAGUCAACGAGAAGGGGACCAUUGGCAUUUUACAAUUUGCGGACGACACCAUCGUGCUAGGAAAUGGCAGUCAUGAGAAUCUUUGGUUGAAAGAUGGAAUCAUCUUACCUUUCUUGAGCUACAAUUGGUUCGGUAACCAAUCAUUCAAAACAGCGUUUUCGGAGCUAUUCGCUUUGGUCGUUAAUAAAUCCAUGAGUGUGGCUGAAAUGGGCUAUAGGGAGGAGAGUUUUUGGCGUUGGAAUUUUGAGUCGAUAAGGGAUUUGAGCGAUGUGGAUAACCAGAUUUUGGAGCAGUUUAUAGACCAGAUAUUUGUUAACGUACCAGUGGUUGAAGGUGAUGAUGUUUUCAGCUGGUUACACGAGAACUAUGAGGUUUUUUUAGUUAAUUCGUGUUUCAAAGUUUUUGCUAACAAGGACUUUAUUCAGUGGAUUUCUUCGAAUAUGAAGGCGAUGUUAACUCAAUUAUGGAAAGCGAAAGUUCCGCCUAAUAUUCUUAUGUUUGGUUGGAGGUUUAUUCUUAAUAGGCUUCCAACUAGAGAUAAUCUAUUAGUUAGAGGAAUCGAGCUUGCGGAAAAAGAGAAGUUCUGCGCGCUUUGUGAAGGCUUUUCUGAGACUAGGAAUCAUAUCUUUCUAGAAUGUAAUUUUAGUUUAAGGAUUUGGUAUGUUGUCCAUUCUUGGUUGGGUUGCUCCCUGCAGGUUUCGGUGAACGACUUCGUGGAUUUUUCAAACAGUUUUUACAAGAUUAAAAAGAAGGUUGUUAGAGAGGUGGUGCAUGUCAUUUGGUUCGCUGUUUCUUGGUCAUUAUGGUUACUUAGGAAUGCUUUCAUUUUUAAAGAUAAGGUUAUGAACUUUGAAGAAUGCAUUUCCUCCAUCAAAUUUUCCUCUUGGAAAUGGAUCAAUUCUGAUAGAUUUUCUUCUACUUAUUGUAGUAGUUUUUAUGAAUGA